GGUUUGAGCCCGAUCGAAGCGAAAGGCGUCGGAUGAAACGUUGGAUGCUGCGUCGUCUCCCAUGUGAGUAAAGGUUUGUUUCGGGGGUGAUACACAUUGAUUCAAUCACACCUUUUGUUGUGUUAUAGCCACGAAUCACUUCCUCGAGGACAACCAGUAUUUUGUAACACAUCAAACUUAACACUUCGUCAUCCGCAGCACUAUCUGCGACUAAUCCCGGACGAUCAACUGCGCGGGUUGGAUUGCUUUAAAUAAACUCAUUUUCCUCCGUCCAAUAAAAUGUCGAGGGAUCAGUGUUACACUUUUCCUAUAGGAUUAAAGAGAUCUUCCUUGGCUCUUGAAUGGAGGCAGGGAACCCAGCGUUGCCCAGCCCUGAAGGCCCAGGGUGCCCUUUUGAUCAUCGAAGUCUCCCAUUGGUGAAAUACUUCUGAUUGGCCAAGAGAGUAAGAUGGGGGAAAAUCUUUAAUUAAGCAGAUAAUCUCUUGUUGGGACGAGAGCGGCUCCAUUUCAGAGCCCCCUCCUUGAAUCUCGGAAGCCCUGGAGAAGUUUCAUGUGCUGGUAGCUCAGUUUCCUCUCCAUCGUCAGACUGUCUGCAGGCUUUGGACGGGCUCAAGAGUCACCGUCACCCGCCUCACCUGUCAGGAUGUUCAUGCAUUUGGAGGUUUUCUAUUACGUUUUCAUUCUCCUGGCUCACAUGAGGCCACACUGCUGCUGGUCAGUGAAUAAUUUCCUGAUGACCGGACCCAAGGCGUACCUGAUCUACUCCAGCAGUGUGGCGGCAGGAGCUCAGAGUGGCAUAGAGGAGUGCAAAUACCAGUUUGCAUGGGACCGUUGGAACUGCCCCGAGAGAGCUCUGCAGCUGUCCACGCACAGCAGCCUGCGCAGCGCAAAUCGGGAGACUGCGUUCGUACACGCCAUCAGUUCCGCCGGAGUCAUGUACACUUUAACCAGGAACUGCAGCCUCGGAGAAUUUGACAACUGUGGCUGUGACGACAGCCGGAACGGACAAAGAGGGGGUCACGGUUGGCUCUGGGGAGGCUGCAGCGACAAUGUUGGCUUCGGCGAGGCCAUCUCCAAGCAGUUUGUUGACGCGCUGGAGACCGGACAGGAUUCACGAGCAGCCAUGAACCUCCACAACAACGAGGCUGGCCGCAAGGCUGUGAAAGGAACCAUGCAGAAGACAUGCAAGUGCCACGGGGUGUCAGGAAGCUGCACCACUCAGACCUGCUGGCUGCAGCUGCCAGAAUUCCGGGAAGUGGGGAACUACCUGAAGGAGAAGUACCACAGGGCUCUGAAGGUGGAUCUCCUGCGGGGAGCAGGGAACAGCGCGGCCAGCAGGGGGGCCAUCGCCGAGACCUUCAGCUCCAUCUCUCGCAAGGAGCUGGUCCACCUCGAAGACUCCCCCGAUUACUGCCUGGAGAACCGCACGCUGGGCUUGCCGGGCACGGAGGGCCGAGAGUGCCUCAAGAAGGGCAAGAACCUGAGCAAGUGGGAGAAGCGGAGCUGCAAGAGGCUCUGCGGUGAGUGCGGGCUGGCCGUGGAGGAACGCAAGGCCGAGAUUGUGUCGAGCUGUAAUUGUAAAUUCCACUGGUGCUGCACGGUUAAGUGCGAGCAGUGCAGGAAGACGGCGACCAAGUACUUUUGCGUAAAGAAGGGAGGUCAGAGGGGAAGGAAUGAGAGUGCCGGUAGCCGAAGGAAGAACCUCAGACUGAGGAAGAAGCAGUGAGCACCUUCAUAACGGGGGUCAUCAUGUCGGUACCGCCGCCGCUCCAGUUUGGACCAUCUUCAUUGUCAAAUAUGUAGAAAGUUUUAAAGACAGUGGGAUGUGCUCAGAGUCACAUGUUAGACAAGUUUGUAGAGUUUUUGGUACAAAGGUAUUUAAAGAUAUAUUUUUUAUACGUUCCUUUUCACUGGGCCUUUCUCUGGCAUCAAAAUUCUCCACAACACAAUUUAUUUAUUUAUUUACAUACAUACAUGUAAAACUUAAAAGUUAUUAUUAAUACAUUUCUUUUGAUCAUGAGUGUUAGCUUUUAAAAUCACAACUUUUAGGAACCCUUCAACCCUUUAAAUUUAUUUAGAAAUACUUUUACAUUUUUAGGGAAAAGUGUCCUCUCCCGUCAUCUAUCUCGCCCUGACCUUUUCUGCCCUCCUGUAUGUAUUUAAUUGUAUAUAAAUUGAAGCACUUUGUUAAUUUAUUGCACACUGUUUCCCAGUCUUCUUGUGUUAGUUUUUCUUUUCAUUUUUAUUAAAUUGUAAUAACAGAAUAAAAAAUCCAUCAAUCUUCA